AUGAUUAGCCAAGGCCUAGGCAAAUCACAACGAACCUGGGACGAACAGCUACCCGAGAUCGCGUUCGCCUACAAACCAGCGCGUCACGACGCAACAGGAUACUCCCCGGCACAUAUAAAUACCAGGAGAGAGCUCACACCACCAGGAAGCCUGCAACAAGAAAACCGCCAGAAAGUUAAAACUCCGUGGACGACCUGGCUAAAACAUCUACAGGACGCACAAGAACUCGCACGAGUCCGGCUGGCACAAGAAUUCCAGCGACAGCAACGCCAUUACAAUCUGCGCAGGCGCGAUUGGCAACCAAAAAUCGGUGAGCGCGUAUGGAAACGCACCCAUACACUCUCAAAUAAGGCGCAGAGUAGAAACGCAAAACUCGCCGAACGCUACACCGGACCCUUUAGGGUCCACAAAAGAAUCUCACCGGUCAUCUUCGACCUCAGCGACAACCGAGGCAGACGCGCAGAUCACGUCCACGUGCGAGACAUGAAACCGGUAACCGGCGCCAGAACCGCGCAGCCGCGCAGCGUCGGCAGCCUACCGCGCAACCAAGACGCGCAGCCAGCUGACGUCACCAGCAUCCACCACAACGGACCAGCCUCGCCGGCGAUAAAAGGUCGGCAGCAUCAGCCACGAAAUCAGAUUCACGAUGGCUCGCAGACAAGCCAACGCCCAAGAAAUCGAAGCAGCACUCCGCCGCCUAGCCUUAAGAGAACGGGCCAGGGACGAGCCGCAAAACAUGACCAGCAAGGACUGGAAAAAGUUCGUCCGAGUCACAAGGCCGAAACAAGUAGCGGCGGACCCACAGGCCCAAGCCCCGGCCAGGAAGCCGACACGGUCCAGCAGGGUCCAGACUCCAGCGAGGUGACCACCCGUCGGCGAACUAAUAGCCGCCAAACGGACACCAGCCCCGCUGGCACCAGGGGACCGGCCUCCAAGACUAAAGCAGACGCCAGGGGAAAACAGGCCGGCAACAGCCCCGGCCAGGAUACCGGCGGAAGCGGUCGCAAGGGCAGCCGCGACAGCAGACGGCGUGGACUUACCGCCACCAAGCCCCCCACCAGGACCGCCACCGGGGCCACUACCAAUCAUAGCCCAACCGGGCGAGGGAUAGUGCCGCCAGCAACGACCACCGGAACAGCCGACCGGGGCAACAUUAGGGAUCGUCUGCGGAGCAGGACCAGCCGCGGACAAUAUGUGCAUCCCCUGUCACCUCCCCGACGGGACGUCGAUUCGCCUGUACAGGCCCAUCCGACGUCACCGCUUCCUGAGCGCAGGGAAGCAAUGGACGGUAUUACUGGACCGCUGAGGGAACGUGACCUGGUGCACGUACACAGAGGAAUAGGACUCCCUUACGGGCAACGGUUGCGAGCGGACCUGUGUCGUGAUAAGUGGAGUGAGCAAAGUGUGAAAAAGGAGGAAAAGUGA